AUGAGUGGAUCACGAAACCGUUACAGCAGACGUACGUCUUACCAACAUCGCCCACACCAAUUACAACCUCAUACUCGACAACAUCACAGUCAAGAACAUAGAGAUUCAAUAAAACUUUCACGAAUAAAUUCAUUUCUUUCACGAAUAAGGGAUGAAAGUGAUUCAGGGUAUACUAGAAAAACAUCGAAUGUUAAUCAGCUUGUUGCUUUAUUGGGAGAACCAUAUACACCUUGGGAAAAAACGCAAAUUUUCGAAGCUAUUACCCAAGGAUCUGAUAUUUCACCAGGUCUUGAUGCAAUAUUUGAAGAUUUAAGAGCACCACAUACAUUCAAAUUAGCUAUAGCAAAAUGUCUUGCACAGAUGGCUAUUAUAAUGAACACUGAAAUAAAUUUAUAUUUUCGUUGGGUAUUUGAAAGAUUACGGGCAUCAGGGAUAAGUUCAAAAGAAAAAGAAAAAGAACGAAAGAUAUGGUUAUUAACUUCAUUAAGAGAGAUAUUUUCACGUAAUCAAACCAAUUCAAUAUCUCAAAAUAUUCAACAACAUAUUCCAGGACUUCUUCAUGAUUUAGAAGGAUUACUUGAUUCAAUGGAUAGUUCAGAUUAUUUUCCUGGUAUCAUAGAUGUAUUAGAUAGAAUUGCCGAAAAAUAUUCAGUUGAAUUUGGAGAACGAUUUCAAGAUAUAAUUGAUUUAUUAGUAGGAUGUCAUUUCUUGGCUGAUAUGGAAGCACUUUCUGGUGUGACUAUUUCAGAUAAUCAUAAUAAUGAACAGAAUAAUGACCAUAACGAAGGACGGACACAAGUAGAAAAGAUUAAAAGUAAUAGUAAUAAUGAUGAAGAAGAAGAAAAAGAAAAAUCAAUACCAGUGAAUUUAAAAUCUUUAUUAAGUUGUUUUCAAGCAGUUGCUGCAGCUGUUGGUCAAUUUAUUUCAAAAGAAGAAGAUAUGAAUAAUACCAAUAACAAACAUCCAUUUGAUAAUUUAAGAAUUCAAGCAACUAAAUUUUGGAUGUUUCAAGUAAAACAUGGAUUUCAAAAAGAACUUACCAUAACUACAUUUGAUGAUUGGUUCGAUUUUUUCCUUCAAAUUCUUGCACAAUGGAUUCCAAAUAUUCAUCCAGAUGUUAUAAAUAUUUUAUUAAAUCCCAAUUCACCUUUAAUGAAAUUACGUUGGAUUUAUCCUCUUAAUUCUCGAUUACAUUCAGAUGUUAUGGAUAUGAUUUAUAUACUUUUAAAUAAUUAUUCUUCAACAAAAAAUUUAUCACCAUCAUCUAAUAAUCAAGAAAAAAUCAAAACUUUAAUUCAUCAAAUAACAAUUGAGAUUAAAAUAUUUUGGAUUCUUUGCUUAUUGAUUGAUAAGAUGGGAAAAUAUGAUUAUUUUGAUACUAUCAUAAUGGGAACUAUGAUGAGUACUUUACGUCAAAAGAAUGAUUUAAUUUCUUUCACUUUUCAUUCAAUGAUAUCACUUAUUUUGGAAUUAUUAAAGAAUUCAAAUGAUUUGUCAUUGAAUUCUCUUUCAUUGAUUAUUGAAUGGUUGCAAGAUAUCUUGGAUUUUUGUAAAGAUAAUCAACAAUUUUAUUCAAAAGAAUUUAAUAAAAUGAUUCAGAAAGAAAUUGGACAAGUUAUUGAUGUUCUUUUUGAUAUUUCAAGAACAACUAAAAUUGGAAAUAUUAGAGCACAAAUUCCCAAAAUUAUUAGACAUUAUUUUGAUAUUUUUGGAACUCUCUGUAUAAAUAAAAAUAUGAUUUCACAAAUAAUGUUUAGAAUAAAUGACAUUGAUUCUAAAGUUAAAUCCGAAUUUUCAAAUUUAAUAUUUGGAUUGAAUCCAUUUUUAUUCUCUUUUCGAUUAAAUCUUUCAAUUGAUCAAUUAAUUAAAAAGUUUAAGAAAGAUUUGGUUAUCACUCCACAUUCAGGAAGUUUUCGACCACCACACUUUCAAAUUGUUAUGAAUCAUCUCGGAAUGAAUGAUUUUUUAUCUAUACAAGAUGCAUCCGAUAAUACUUCAUAUUGUAAUAAUGAAAAGGAAUGGAAAUCUCGAUUAUUUUAUUCUUGUGGAUCAGUUGAUAUAUUUGAAAGAAUGAAUCAAGUUGGUGAAAUGAAUAAUCAGAAUUUAACAUAUUCCAAUUCUGAUAUUUCCGAUAUUGCGACAAUUAUUUCAAAUUCCAAUGAUUUACUUACAUUUUGGACGGUAUGGGAAGUAUCUCGUUAUUGUAUGUUAUCAAGAUUAAGAACACCUUUUGGAGGACCAAAGCAAACAUUUGAUGCAUUUGAAAAAAGACUUGUUGAUUUGUUGGAAGAAAAUUUCCCAAUUUCCAUUGAACCUGAAGGAAUAAAGUAUGCUAUAAAAAAUAGUGUUACAAAUAUGAGACAACUUCGAGAAAUUUUAAAUAUUUUCGAUCGUUUGGAACUUCAAAUAUAUAAUGCAACAAUAGGAACAGCAUUAGGAUCAAUACCUCAAUCACCUAGAGCUAGUAUUAUGUUCUUUCGAACUAAUCGAAAAGUUUGUGAUGAUUGGUUUUCUCGUAUUAGAAAAAAUAUUGUUAAAGGUGCAAUAAUUGUUGGAGAUAAUGCUAUGGCUAUUAGGCAUGAACGAGUAAAUGAAUUAAAACAAGGAUCAGUUAAGAAUAAAUUAGUUUGGUUAUCAGAUUUUGAACAAAUUCUGGUUGAUGUUGUUUCUUGUCUUCAAAAGUUAAAUUCAUCUGAUUCUAUAUCUGGAUUAUUGGCAUGGUCAAAGAAUAUUUAUUCACUUAUUAUUGAAUCUAAAGAAAUUUCUCAAUCUGAACAAAUCGAAUCUGAAGAAACUUCAGAUUUAUCUUCUAUAUUAUUAUCAGAAAAAUAUUUUUCAUGGAUGACUUGUUCACGAUAUUUUGCUGAAUCAAAAUAUGAAUUAGCAGCAAAAGAAGGAAUUGAUUCUUUGAAUUUCUUUCUUAAAGAUGAUAAUAAUGAAAUCUUAAAAUCAUCUCCACAAUUACAAUUUCUUAGUUCUCAAAUUAUUGAUAGUUAUUGUAAGAUGAAUGAUUGGUCAUCUCUUGCAAAAUGGUUGAGUUCUUAUAAUGCAACAGAAUUUAUUGUUGAUCCAUUGGUUCAUAUGAAUUUAGAAUAUUUUAAUUCAAUUGAAAAUUAUAAUGAAAAUCGAUAUUUGGAAGCUUGGGAAUUAAUUGAUGGAAUUCCUUUAAAAUUAAAUCAAAAUAAUUUUUAUCACCGUGGAAUUGAAAUUAUAUCAUCUUUAAAUUUCCUUCAUACUAUAGUAAAUAUAAUAACAAUUAAAUCAGAUAUUUCAAAUCUACCAAAAUUUUUAACGGAAUUUGUGAAUUAUAUUUAUUCUAUUAAUUCUUUAGAAAAUCAACAAAUUUCAUUUACUAAUUCAUUUGUUAAUGAUUUAACAAUUUUGAAUACAUUAAAUUCAUCCAGUUUGGCAUUAAAAAAUGCAUUUAAUAUUCUUAAUAAUCAUUGGAAUCAACAACAAAAAGAAAUGUCAGCUGAAGUAAUAUUUGAAUAUUCAAAAUUAUUAUAUUCUAGAGGUUCAUAUCAAGAAGCAAUUUUACGAGAAAAUUUAAUUGAAAAAUGUUUAUCACUUGCAAUUACUGUUGAAGAAGAUGAUUAUCCUUCUUGUGCUAAAGCUUGGUUCGCAAAUGCAUCUUAUCAUUAUCGAAGAGGAAGGCAAAUAUUGGAUGAAAUGAUACAUAAUAAACUUAUUGAAGAAUCCGAUAAAAUUACCGCCACAUUAAGAAUAUUAAGAUUGUUAGUUAAAUAUGGAUCCGAUUUGGAGUCCUCAUUUAAUAUUGGAUUUAAUAACAAUAAUAUGGAUGUUCGUUCAUGGGAAAAUAUUAUUCCACAAUUAUUCUCACGAUUAGAUCAUCCCGAUUAUUUCGUUCAACAACAACUUUGUAAAUUAUUAUGUAAAAUUGCGACAAAUUCCCCUCAACUCGUAGUUUAUAAUACUUUGGUGGCUUUAAAUUCUCAUGGAACUAGUGAACAAAGUAAACAAUUACUUAAGAGGAUUGCGGAUAGUUUGGAUAAUUCUAAUGGUGCACUUAUUGCUGAAAUUAGACAUGUGAUUGAGGAAUUAAAACAUUUAACGGUUUUAUGGGAAGAAUUAUGGUUUAAUAAAUUAAAUGGAUUACAACUUGAUAUUAAUAAACGAUUUCUUAAAAUUGAAAAAGAAUUUGAAAGAAUUAAUGAUAAUCUGAAUCUUUCAUCUGAUCAAAGAAUCAAAUUUAUGAAAGAAAGUUAUGAUACUAUCGUGAAACCUGUAAUUUCUUCUAUUGAACGUUUAUAUAAUAAUACUAUUUUGAUUACUUCAACUCCACAUGAAAAAUGGUUCCUUAAUAAAUUUGGUAAUCGAAUUCAUGAAUCACUUGAAUUAUUAAGAUCCCCACGUUCAAUAGAAGGAUAUAAAGAUGGUUGGGAUUUAUUACGGAAUAUUCAGAAAGAAUUAUCCAAAGUUCUUCAAACAAAUCGAUCAAUAAAAUUAUCUGACAUUAGUCCAUUCUUAAAUUCAAUUAAUUCAUCCCAAAUAACAAUGCCAGGUUUAAAUGGUUUAAAUACAUCAGUAACAAUUCAAUCAUUUGAUGAAAUAGUUAUCAUUUUACCUACGAAAACGAAACCUAAAAAAUUAUUUCUUCGUGGUUCGGAUGGAAAACAAUAUGGUUAUUUGUUUAAAGGAUUAGAAGAUCUUCACCUGGAUGAAAGAAUAAUGCAAUUAUUACAAAUUACCAAUAAUUUACUUUUACGUGAUAAAGAUUCAUGUAAACGUAAUUUAAGAUCUAGAAAUUAUGCAGUUAUUCCAUUAGGAGAUCAUUCUGGAAUGAUUCAAUGGGUAGAAAAUGCCGCACAAAUGUUUACGUUAUAUAAGAAAUGGCAAUUACAUGAACAUUUUGCAAAUAUACCAAGUGAUAUGUUUUUUGAAAAAAUUGCGAAAAAUUUAAAAAAGGAAGGAUGGAAUUCUACAACAUCUCGACGUAAUUGGCCACAUAUCGUUCUUAAAUCAGUUUUUUUAGAAUUAUUAUCAGAAACUCCAUCAAAUUUAUUAGAAAAAGAAAUUUGGGCAUCAUGUACCACACCAAUUGAAUGGAUAACAAAAUCAACAUCAUUAUCAAGAUCAUUAGCAGUUAUGUCAGUUAUUGGAUAUAUAAUAGGAUUAGGAGAUCGACAUUUAGAUAAUAUAUUAAUAGAUUUUGAAUAUGGUGAAGUAAUUCAUAUUGAUUAUAAUGUAUGUUUUGAAAAAGGGAAAAAAUUAAAAGUACCAGAAACUGUACCAUUUAGAUUAACUCAAAAUAUAGUGACAGCAUUAGGAGUUACUGGUGUUGAAGGAGUAUUUAGAAUAGCAAGUGAAAUAGUUUUAGGGGUAUUAAGAAAGAAUAAAGAAAUUUUAAUUACAUUAUUAGAAGCAUUUGUAUAUGAUCCAUUAAUUGAUUGGCAUGUAGAUUUAUCAGAAGAUCGUAAUAAACAAUUUAUGGAAUUAGAAGAAAAUUUUGGAUUAUUAACUUCUAGGAUAGCUGAAUUAAGAAUGCCUAUUGAGAAUAAUCGAGAACACCUUUCAAAAUUAUUAUCAAAAUUCGAACAAGUAUGGAAACAAUAUGUGAAUAUAAUGAAUUUACAAACUGAAACACGAGAAUAUAAUAAUCGAGAAAGUGGUAAUCGAGGAGAAUAUGGUAAUCGAGAAUAUAAUAAUUUAGAAUUCAAUAUUCGAGAAUACAAUAAUCUAGAAUUUAAUACUCGAGAAUAUGGAGAAUUUGGAGGAGAAUAUAGUAAUCGAGAAUUUAAUAUCGAAAAAAAUAUUGAAAUAGAAAAUUAUAAAUCGGCACUUUCACAACGAGCUAAUGAAUGUGCAUUAUGGAAUGCUCAACAUGAAAAAACCAUUCAAUCAAUUCAAGGACCAUUACUUCAAGUAAUUUUUAAUGAAGUAUUUUCUUCAUCACCACAAAUUGGAUUAUCUUCAUCAAUAUUUAAUCCAUAUUUACAAAUCCUUUCAAAAAAUGAAUUCAUUCUUCAACAAUGUAGUAAAAUUGAACAAGAUUUUAUGGGAUGGAUGAAUGAACGUAAUUCAACAUUUAAGAAUUGUUUAGAAAGAUUACAAUUUUAUCGAGCAUUAAUAAUUCCCGUAACUCAAGUAUUAUUAUCACAAGAUUAUUAUGUUAAAUGGCCGCCAAUAUUAUAUUCUUUAUUAAAUUCUUCAUUAACAAGUCAUGAUUUUCAAAAUCAUUUAUUUUCACAAAUUAGUGGAAUUAUUUUUAAUGAUUCAUCUGCACAUGGAAUUUCUCUAUUUAUAAAUGAAUUUGAUGAAUUAUUUAAUGAAUUAAAAAAUUCAAUAUAUAAAAUUCAGAUUUUAUUUAAAGAAUCAAAUUUAUUAUUACAAGAAAAUCAAUAUUCAAUUAGUGAAUUUUUAAUGGAUGAUUUCACUGUAUACAAACUUGAUGUUAUAACUAAUAUAUUAAUAGCUUGUGAAAAAUAUUCUAAAGAAAAUCAACAAUCACAUCAAAGUAAUAAUAAUACCAUCUGGAUUUCAUCAAUAUCAUUAGCUGAUUCAUUUAAGACAAGUUCACCUGAUUCAUUUCAAAAACUUUGGAGAAUAAUUGAUUGGAGUGUUUUCGAAUUUUUCAUUCCGAACGUGAAAUUACUUUAUAAUCUUGUUAUAAAUAGAAUCGAUACUUUAAUUAAAACAGAUUUAAAUGUUAAGGACAUCGGAAAUCACGAAGAUAUUAUUGAUAAAAUAAUUGAAAAAUCCAUAUUUUCAACUGAAGAAAUUCAAAUUCAAAAACAUAAAGUUAAACAAUAUUGUUUUCACGGAAGUAAGAUGAAAUAUAGUUUAAUUAGACAACAGUUUAUGCAGAAUUUAACUCAAGAUGUUAAUCGAUUUGCUAUAUUGGAAAACCUUCUUCAAGAAUUAUCAGUUCGAUAUCGAACAAUUGAUUCCGAAAUUGCUGAAUUUAUGACGAUACAUUUGAUAUCAGAAAAUUCAAAUGAAAUAUUACAUUCAUUUGGUGAGGCCGUAGCAAAUCAACAAAUAAUUUUUGCUCAAGAAUUUGAAAGAAUAAAACAUGUCGUUAGUUUAUGUAAUUCAAUUUUACAUUUGGAAACAUUCCGGACAACAGACAAAACAUUUGUAAUGGAUGCUGAUACUCUUCAUUUAGUUAAAAGGCUUCAAUCUGCCGUUAUUGGACGAAAUCCACUCCAAGAUUUACAAUUGGAUAUUACCCAACAAUUAUCUAAUUUGACGGUUGAUGAUUCGGGAUUACCACGAAAUCUUGAAAAUCUAACUAAAGAUUUAAAGAAUAAAAUUGAUGAAAUUAAAAGUUUAGUAAUAGAUUUAAUUCCAUUAAUUGAAUCUAUUGCCAAUACAGAAAUUGAUACUGAAGAUAUUAAUGGAGGGAAAGAUAUAAAAUCAAAAGCAAAGGAAUUCAUGCGUGAAUGGUCAAAUCUUGAUUUCGCUAUAGAUAAUGGAUUAAAUAAUACAAUUAGUGUUGUCGGUGGGCAUCUAAAAUAUAAUAAUGAAACAUCUGAUUCUGUAUGGAAUCCAGAUUCAAUUUCAAUUUUAGAAAAUACGCGACAAGAAACUGUAUCACGAAAUGCAUUUGCGGUAGGAAUUAUUCGUCAAAUAAAGGCCAAAUUAGAAGGAAAGGAUUUCGAUUCCAACGUUAAAAUGACUGCGCAAGAACAAAUCGAUAAAAUUAUUGAGCAGGCCACAAAUAUUGAUAACCUAUGUGUUAUGUAUGAAGGCUGGACACCAUGGAUUUAG